AUGGCAAUAACUGCAGCAGCAGCAGCGGCGGCAAACAAGCUAAACAAGUAUUGCUGUGCCGAGAAGCAGCAGCCGCCGCAGCAGCAGCAGCAGCAGCAACAGCCGCAGCAACGAAGGCAGCAUCAUCAGCAGAUAAAAGGCAGACAAAAGGCACGAGAUGUGAGAGACGUCUAG